CCCCAUGCAGCUGCAUAUUGACACUCUCACUAUUGCUAAAUAACAAGGAAGAAAUAUAGCAACAUUCUUAAUUCUACAUCAGAAGGAACUAGUUCACCGUGUUACCGAGGGAAAAUGUUCAUGUUUUGUUUGAUUUUCUUUCAGCUAUUCUUCUUCUUAGGUGCCCUGUGUGAGGGUGAAAUCUCCUGCUUAAAUGAAGAUGGGCAGCCAGUUGACUGGUUCAUCAUGUACAAACUGCCAAGAAUUAAACAAGGUUCUUUGGGAAGUGGAGUUGACUACAUGUACUUAGAUGCCUCAUUAACCAAAUGGCAGAUGAGUAAAAAUGCAGUGAAUACCAGUGAAGGGGCUUUAGGUAGAACACUAAGCCAGCUUUACCAAAGAUACCAGUUAAACAGCUCGGCAUACAUGCUUUACAAUGAUGCUCCUCCGGUGCUGAAGUAUGUGGUUAAUUAUGGACACACGAAAGGGGCACUGCUUUUUGAUCAGUUUCAAGGCUUCUGGAUAACACACAGCAUUCCUCACUUUCCACCUUUCCCUGAAAUGGGGUUUGGCUAUCCCUCCACUGGAAAACUUUUCGGGCAGAGUGUUCAGUGUACAACCUAUAGUUACAAACAGUUCCAAAGAAUCUCACAGCAACUAUCAUAUAUUAAGCCAUAUACAUACAACUGCUCAGUGCCAUCAGCCUAUUAUGCAGAUAUGAAGGAAAUGGCAUGGAUUUGUGCUGGCAAAACAGUGUCUGUGGUUCCCAGGAGAAAGCUUGAAAAGCUGAUGUCAGUCAAGGGAGAGACUUUCCUUAGUUUCGCCAAAUCACACAGAUAUGUUGAUGAUAUUUAUGCUGGCUGGAUAGCACAGACACUGCAGACAGACUUGCUUGUAGAAACAUGGCAGCGACAAACUCACCAGCUUCCCUCCAACUGCUCGCUUCCUUACCACACAAUGAACAUCAAGAAGGUCUCUCUGUCUGAGCUUGUGACUUUCAGUUCUUAUUACGACCACUCCAAGUGGUGUGUCUCUUCCAAAAAACAAAUCCAGUGGACUUGUAUAGGGGAUCUGAACAGGGAGAGCAGUCAAGCAUGGAGAGGAGGUGGACUCAUCUGUAGCCAAAAUUCAGUUGUGUACAAGGCUUUCCGUUCAGCCGUGGUCUGGUAUAAAAGUUGUUAGGAGCGAGACAUCUACUGUUAUAUAUACGGCAAAGUUCCAUAACAAUUAAAUAGCAAAUUGCUGAUAGCAUUUCAAUUCAGAAAAUACAAUCAGUCAGAUUUAUUUGAAUGGCAGGCGUUCUGGAGAUGUUGAAGCCUUUCCUAUGCAAUACACAUUCCAAAUGAUUAAUGCUCAAGUAAUCAAUGAAGAGGGGUUUUUUGCAGCUAAAAUGCCACAAUAAUAAAGACAGAUCAGUUUGUAGUGCAUGUAAUUAAUUGUGAAAUACCACUUUGGCCUGUCCAACUAUCAGCCUCUCAAACAGACAAUGUUUUCCAGCUGGUAAGUUAUUUCCCAGCUUCCUCAUUACGUUUCUAAAUAAAUAAAUGUUUGAAAUCCUCAAA